ACGCAAAUUUUGCAUUACAUUAACCCGAAAUUCCUCUCUUAUAUAAUUAUUCAAACCCAGCCCAAAAAACCGCCCACCCUAUAACGGGCUUGGGCGGCCAUGCCUCCACCUUACGCCACCACCACUCAACCACCAUCUAACCGGCCUCUAUCGUCGACAAUCUACACACAAAAAUCUUGGUCACCCGACUUGCAUAGAGACGAAGAAUGGGUAAAAAGAAAGGGAAGACACAAUCAUAGGAGGAGGACCAAAAGUGUUACUGACGAAGAUAUUGAUGAACUUAAAGCUUGUAUUGAACUUGGAUUUGGUUUUGAACAUUCUCCUAAAUUAGAUGAUCGUUUGUCUGAUACUUUGCCUGCCUUAGGAUUUUACCAUGCGGUUAAUAAGCAAUAUUUUGACACGGUUUCUAAGUCGUCUUCAAUGCCGUCUUCUUCUUCAUCUUCAGUUUCUUCUUACUCGUAUGCGGUAUCUGAACCGGAUUUAUCUUCUCCAACUAGUAGUCCACAUGCCAUAUUUAGCCACGGUGACAACCCACAAACUGUGAAAACAAGGUUAAGACAGUGGGCACAAAUAGUCGCAUGUUCAGUGCGACAAUCAUCGUCGUCAUCAUCAUCAUCGGCAAGUUGAAGACGAGAGCAAAAAUAUCUUGAAACACAAUAUAUGAUCGAUAAAUCAAACCCAGACAUGGUUAGAUACACAUCAUGUUAACUAAGCCAAACAAGACAUGCCUAUAGUUAGACUGAUUGAGGUUGAGAUUGAUUGAUCUAAAAAUGAUGAUAUGCCAUGUUUCUAUUUGGGUUUUUGGAUGUGCCUAAACCACAUGCCUUGUUAUAACUUAAUUUGAUGUUUGGUAAUAGACAUUAAUUUACAUUUGCUAGCUUUCGGUUGUUUUGAUUUUGUUUUUAACUCCUCCUUCUUCUUUUUUUUCUGUGUUGUAACUUGUAAGUGGCAUCUGUACGACUUUAUUUUAAGGGAAUUUUGGUGAUU